GUGUUCAGUCGUUUGCGCUCAGUGCGGUUUAUGCGGUCUGUGGGGCGGGCCAACAAGGUCGCCUGCCUGGACGGGCAAUUAAAAGUUACAAGCUUAAAUUACAUGCAUAUAUGGUACCAACAUCAAAUUAACCAACAGGAGGGGGGUAGAAAGAUAGGACUAUAGGAAAAACUCCACUUUAAUGGUGGGAAAUGGGGAAUAAACUUCAGUUUUUCAUUCUUUAAAAAACUUUAAAUCAUGUCUCUCGUACAAAGUUGCCUUCGACUAUUUGGUCAAGACCACAUUGAGAUUUCCUUAGUAGGACUUAGUUUUUCGUCAAGCAACGUUCUAAAUUUUUAGGUUUUAAUAUUUGGACAAAAUAACUAAUCUUCCAAAUCGUGAUAUAUAAGUCGAUAAAGUCGAAAGAAAGCCAAAACAAAAUGCUUAGGGCUCUGACCAAUCUGCUGCUGAUUGCAUCCAGCAUGUAUGCCAUGUACUCAUUGACUCCGGCGGAGCAUCCUUACGCCUAUACGGCGGCAUCAUUUAGCCUGGUCCAUGGACUGCUGGGACUGGUGCGCUCCUAUAUCGAGGAGCCUGAGGAGUGUGGACGCGAUUUUAUGAUCUCAUCCAGCAUACUGGAGGUAAUCCUUUUACCAUUGGCUAAUGUCGAGUUCUACUUAUUAUCCGAUAAAUCGGAUGUGGCGCUGGUGCAUGGCCUGUCGUUGAUACCACUGUUCUAUGAUAUGAUUUGCAAGAUCGGCGAUGACUGGGACAGUUCCACCGAGACGCUCAAGGAUCUUGCUCUGCUGGGCAACGUUGGUUCCACCGCUUAUCUGGCAGUCAAUGAUGGAAUUCCUAUCUACGGAGGAGUGGCUGCUACUGCCUUGAUGGCCAGAUAUGGUGCUGCUCUAGUGGAUAGUUUCAAGCAGGGCCUUGGCGCCUCAAUAGGCAACCUGGGACAUGCUGGUAUCGUGGCCCUUAUGACCUACGCACUCGUCGAGGGUUAGGUGUAGAUUUCUUAUUAAAAAAGGAAUUCACUAAAA